AUGCUUUAUGAAUUUCACCGUGUACAGAAUAAAAAGAAACCUGGAUCACUCCACGCCACUUAUCUCAUCAGCGGUGUUAGACGGGAAGAAGUGGCAUCCCAGUCUUUGGCAAAGAAGUCCAUAAAUGUCGACAAUUUACAUCAAAGUAUUUCCUACCUGUGUAGCUCAUCGCCACCUCCGGAAGACACCCAGAAAAUUCCAGUGACGACUAUCAGCUUAGUCCGGGAAGAGAUACUUGACGAAGAACGAUCCAAAUACGAGUCUUUGAGUGCUAUUCAUAUUUACAGCAUAUCCCAACAGGCACUCAAAUUACAGGAUGUUCAGGUUUUAUCAGACGUAUCUCGGGAAGUACAGGAAAUAUGCGUGGGUAAAGAUCAGAUUGAGACAUAUUCUAAAUACGGCUCUAUAAAAUGUAAAGAUGUCAGGCGUCGUACUGGAGUUAGGAUGGUGGCAUCAGCUCGAGAUGCUCCAAAUAAAAAUACCUCCUCUAGCGUCAGGACUGGCUCGGGUGAAAAUCAAACUGCAAUUACAACAAAAACAAAAAUUGAACCAACAAAGCCACCCACAGCUAGAGAUUUCUUUGAUAGAGGUCAAACCCAAGCUAAAGAUGUUACAUCUAUGGCCAUUCCGAUAAAACAUUCUGGCUUGCCCUCGACAAACAAAAUUGCAGCAGAUCAAGAACCCCCAAAGAGCGAUUCAUCAGCAAUUUUCAAAGCUUUUUCCAAAUCAAAGCCAAAAAUUAAGGCUGCUGGGGGUCACUCUUCAAUUGUGAAAAUACCUUCCUCAGGUAUCAUUGUGGAUGAAUCUUCAAUCGAUGAAAUGGAAAUAUCAGAUGAUGAGACCAAAUUUUCGGCUUCUUUAAUAAACCAGGCUGUCGAUAAAAGUCAGAAAUCAAAGAAAGAGAGAGAAGAAGCCCUAAGAAAAAUGAUGGAUGAUGAUGAUGAUGAUGAUGAUAAUGAUGAAGUGGAAAAAGAAGAGCCAAUUUCUGUUGUCGAUAUCAAAAAUAUAGAGGAUUCAAACUCAUCCGAAAAAAUAGUUAAGGUAAAAGAUGAGAUUCCGACCACAAACAACCCGAGGAAGAGAAGUAGGAGGAGGGUAAUGAAAAAAACUACAUUCAAAGACGAAGAAGGAUUCUUGGUUACUAAAGAGGAGCCGGCAUGGGAGUCAUUUUCAGAGGAUGAAAAAGCGCCAGCCUUGAAGCCUAAAUCACACCCCUCUGCAGUUUCCAAGUCAAAAAGGGGAGUUGGGGGAAAGCCUGUGCAGGGCAAUAUUAUGUCUUUUUUCGGUAAAAAGUAG